AUGUCCUGGGAUGGUGGCUGGGGCACCAGCUGGGGCAGCAGCUGGGGCGGUGACUGGAAGCGCAAGCGGGAUAGCCAGGACUCGAAAUGGAAGAGCGAUGAGCGGAAAUGCAAACAGUGUCGCAAAUGGGAGUCUGAGGGAGAAUGGUUUGGUCGCACUUUCUACUGCGCCCGCUGCUGUGCCAAAGUCGCAGAGCAGGGCCACAAAGACGACUAUCACGAGGAUGCCGGGCCGGGCGGCGAGCCCUGGCUGGCGGCCUACAAGGAGAAGUGGAAGGACCUGGUGGAGAUGGAGUGGCGUGAGGAGAUGCGAGUAGUGGACGAUCGCCUCAGGAACUGGCCUGUGGCACGGCUGGUGGGCCAAGGCUUCUGCAUCACGGAGAUGGAAGCACGCAGACGAGGUACUUUCUUUGGGAAAGCGAAGAUCGCCUUCUCCAAAGCGAUGCUUCCCAGGCACCAGUUCUCCUCCGGCGACGAGGUCAUCGUUUCCCGCGGGCAUCCACUGGACGAGAAAACAGCAUGGAAGGGCGAAAUUCUGGAGCUCGGCAUGAAUCGGAUCACCAUCGUCUCAGACAAGACGCCCUGGGAGCUGACAAGCGGACGCUGGAGAUUAGACCGUGGUGCAAAUAAAACGGCCUACGAAAGGACGAAAUCGGCCUUGGGCUACGUCACCGGUGCGAAGUUCCGAGCACCCGCGAUAAGAAAGAUGGUCUUGAACGAGGAAGGCGGCCUGCUUCAGAAGCGCGAGCCGGCCGAGCCACAUGAGGCCUGGAACCCGCUGGAUGCCUCACAGAGCGCCGCAGCGCUUCAGGCAUUUGAGGCUCCCUUGGGCUUGAUCCAAGGUCCUCCGGGCACAGGGAAGACCACGACUACCUGUCACCUCGUCCGCCGGCUUGUGGAGAAGCACUGCCAGGACGGCCUUGGCUGUAACAUCUUGGUUGCUGCUGACAGCAAUGUGGCCGUGGAUCAGCUGCUGGCAGGAUUGAUCCGUUUGGGUGUCAAGGCACUUCGGAUUGGCUUCCCGUCGAAAGUGAGCCAGGAGCUUCGCGCACACACUCUUCUGGCCCAGGCAGAGGAGCACCCUCUGAACUCGAAGAUCGAGGAGACGCGGGAGGCCCUGUCCAAAGUGAAGGACGCAUUGUACUCAGGUUCGCUCAAGGGCAAGGGGAAAGGCCUUGCCCACCGUGACAUCUCCUUGCACGUCCGGGACAUCCAGAAGUACGAGCAGGAGGUGACCGACGACUUGAUUGCCAAUGCUGAGGUCAUUUGUGCCACUCUGGUCGGCUGCGGCUGCGACGCCUUGCUGCGGAGUAACUUCCACACAGUGGUCAUCGACGAGGCCUCCCAGGCUACCGAGCCACGUUGCCUCAUCGCCUUCCAGAAGGCACAGGCGCAGCUUAUCAUGGUCGGCGACCAACAGCAGCUGCCACCAGUGGUCCUCUGUCCUGCUGCUGAGGAGAAGGGACUGCGAUGCUCGCUUUUUGACCGCUUGCUCAAUUCCCCCACUCUCUUCAACCAGGAGAUCAGCAUGCUGCAGGUGCAGUACCGCAUGCAUCCUUUGAUCCGUGAGUGGCCGAGUUCGCAGUUCUACAACGGCAGGCUGCAGGAUGGCCUGCCGCUGAGCACCUUCUCGUCGUGCGUGAUGACCCACCCGUUUCUCAGCAAGUCGUUGCAGCGAAAGGCGCCGAUCCUGUUCCUGGAUACUUCGGAAGGUUGCCGCGAGACGGCGACAGAGUUUCUACGAGCUUUUGGCGGGCGUGUGGGCAUCACCAACAUGGAGAGCCAAAACAACGAAGGGAGCAAGUACAAUCUUCUUGAGGUGGAGCUGGUGAGGACUGUGCUCAGAAAGUUGCUGGAGGCUGGCGAGGAGGACAUCGGCGUGAUCUCACCCUACACAGCUCAGGUGGCGCAAAUUAAGUCAGCCAUGGAGGCGGAUAAGAUGUCCUUCCAGGAGCCGGACGCGAGGGCAGAAGCAACGCGCUUUCCAGAGGUUAAGACUGUGGAUGGCUAUCAGGGACGCGAGAAAGACGUGAUCAUCCUCUCGUGCGUACGAACGCAAGGACUUGGCUUCCUGUCGGAUCAGCGACGGCUCAAUGUGGCUAUCACCCGGGCCAAGUCCCUCUUGGUGGUCAUAGGAUGUGCAGAGCUCCUGCAAUCCGACCCAGUGUGGCGGUCGUACAUCAAUUUUCUGGAUCGGUUUAGUGCACGUGCUCGUAUGCGGAUUGCGGCUGUGCUGCGUCGACGCGGGCUCUCGAGCUUCAGGCGGAAGGUCAGAAGCAAGGCGAAGGUGACCACAGCAAUCGCUGCAGGUCUCCCUGCUUGGCACUGCGGGCGGCCGGGCCAGUGCAGAGGACCGGCUGUUUGCACCUCUUGCAGCGGAACAGAGGCAUGGCAAGCAGCUCUGAAGCUCCAAAGCCGGAGGAGGAGACGCAAACCGACCAGGCGGAGGAGCCCAAAAGCGAGGACCCAAAGUCGGAUCCUCCACCCAAGGACCGAACCUUCAGCCAGAGGGAGCUCUAUCAGGCAGGUCGGCGCAUCAACGAGGGCAGCAACAAGGUGA